UCAGAGCUCAGUCGGUCUCUUCUGUAUCUGUAUCGAUCAGGUGUGGCUCUGGCCCCAGGUAUAUACCUACAGUGCUGUGCUACCUGUACGUACACGGGAGUGCUAGUGUACCGAAUCCGGUGACCUACAGGUUGCAGGUGGAUAGUUUUUAAUUUUUGGUGCGACUUCUCGUCCACGAACCCUGGUGUCGCGCGAAACAGCAAGGAUAUUGCACAAAAAUAGGAUUCCUAUAAGCCACCACGUUCCUCAGACUCUGAAUGUGGGGUGAUCCUGUAUGAAGACCAGCAAAAUGAUGAUUACAACGACAGGGCAUGGGGCCCCUCUCUACCCUUCUUAGGGCCCAGUUUAGCCCAAAGGCUGAUGGGGGAGAGGAGAGUUUUCGGAGACUGGGAUAGAACUCAGUUCCAAGGAAAAGUCAUAGAUAAUGUUUUCAAGAUGGGGCAGAAGCGUGGAGAGGUGGGGCUGGUCUGGGGUGAUGACUCCGUGUUCCAAGAGCCUUGGCACCCACACUGGCAGUUCCCGCUUUUACUGUCUGUCCUCGCUCUUGUCUGUGGUCUCGCUCUUUUUCUUGUGGUACUAAUUUGGUUGAAAAGCCAGAUGUCAUCGACUUCUUCGUCGGGAAGUGACAAGGUGGAGACGGGUGAUGAGCAGGAACCACACCCAGAAGGGGGGCAAUGGAUCUAUCACCCGGUGAUAAGGCCAGUGACCACGGAGCAGUGUGAGACUCUGCCCAUCGUACCCGUGCAGUCGCAAGCGUCCCGUGCUAUACUGCCCGAGGUCAUGACGGCACAUAGUGUGGCGGGUGAGGAGAGGCGGGAGCCGGUGAGGAUCAAGGCCAAAGGACUGCUGGAGAGGCGAGGCUCGAGUGCCAGCCUCACCAUCGACCUGUUGCACCCCAGCCAGGAAAAUCUGAGUGUGACGCCCACGAGGGAGUGCACUGCAGAGGAGUAUCUGUUGUCUGUGGGCAAUGUGCUGAGCAGGGGUCAGCUCAGGAAUUGCCUAAAAGACGCUCGAGCUCUGCACAAGGAAUUCUGGGACCUGCCCCUCAACCACCCAGACAAACUCGAGAUUCCUGGCAGUGGUUCAAAAAAUAGAUAUAGGACAAUCAUCCCAAAUGAAAACACCAGGGUACACCUCCCAACGGAGACUGCCUCAGAUCCUUUGACCGGCUACAUCAAUGCUAACUACAUCAGGGGCUACGAUGGAGAAGAAAAAGCGUUUAUAGCGACACAAGGGCCCCUGGCCAACACAGUGGGAGACUUCUGGCAUAUGGUUUGGUCGGAGCGUUCUCCCGUCAUUGUUAUGAUUACCAAACUCAUGGAGAAGAACCGCGCCAAGUGCGAACUGUACUUCCCCAUCGACCCGGGCGCCACGGAGGUCUACGGUGACAUUGCAGUGACAGUUUUGUCUAUCGUGGUUAAGGAUGGCUACAUCAUCCGGCACUUUGGAUUGCAGAAAGGUGAUGAGAUCCAGCGAGUGACUCACUUUUGGUUCGACUCCUGGCCUGACCAUAAAACUCCUGCCAACGCUCAUUCUCUUCUCUGCUUGGCCAAGGAUGUGGAGGCCUACCGUUUCAAGGAUGUGCAAAGGGGGAGUACUUCUUCAUGGCCUCACUCUCCAAAACCUGUCAAGUCUGAUGAAGCAAAGGCAGAACAAACAGAUUUACUAUCUCCUUGUCCUGAAGCUGCAAGUCCUCCAUCACUAAAAGAGACAAGUCCGGUCCUCAAUUUUGGUCGUUUGGAGUUCAAAGACGAUGAGCCUGACAAAGAAUUGAGAACGAGUCCAGCGAAAAGUGAUGACGAUAAUCUUAUCUUACUGAACCAGACUGAGUCUUCUGAAUCAGGAUCUGCUUUUCAACCGACCAUUGAAGCAAUUAAUGUUGAGAUCUCCUCUGAUCCGGAGAAAAUGGAAUAUAAAAUUGUGCCAGUGCUACAAGCAGACAAGUUGAACAGUCCUACGUUUUACGACAGGUCUUUGUACUCCAAUGAUGAUGUAUUUCAAGUGGGUUCACUUCCACAGAAGAGUCCAGUUCAAGCUAGAGUCCAAUUGGAGAACAUUCGUUCCAGGUCCGUGGAAGCUGCUCCUACAAGCUUGAGUAGUUCGCAUAAAUCUGACGAUCAGAAAAGUGCUCCAAGCGAGUUUUUUGAUUUUGAUAAACUGACGAUUGCGCAAGAAGCAGUAGUGACAUCCACAGAUGAAUCUGUCUCUUCAGAGGACAGGAAGAAGUCUUUGGAAACCAGUGAGAACCUUCCGGACAGUUUUGAAAAAAAGAUAUACCGCGGGAUCACAUGCACAUCCAGUCCCAACUGGACCUCUGAUGCAAGUCCAAAUUUGACACACAGCUUUGAUAAGAGCACUUCGAAACUGUCUGUGGAUAGUCUGAGCUGGGGCGGGUUGGACAUUAUGAGCCCAAACCUGACGAGCUCGGAGAAGAGUCCCAACCGGACACAGUCAUCAAUAGAGAGCCCAGUGACCCAGAGCUCAAGUGAGGGCAGGAGGUGGCCUAGGAGCUCUGACAGCAGCAAGCAGUGGACCCGCAGCUCCCAGGGCAGUUCUGGUUGGGCUCAAAGCUCGGAGGACAGCCCCUGGUGGUUUGACAAGGACCAGGAACCAGAAAAUACUUCCAAUGCUCGCAGCCCAAGAGAGUGGCUGGACAAGAGUCCCUUGCUCAGUCGAAGGUCUCGAGAGGGUUCUGUGAACUUUUUGUGGAGUGACUUGCCACGAGGUCAGGCUGCGGGACCGGUGAUCGUUCAUUGCAGCGCUGGCAUCGGGCGCACCGGCUGUUUCAUAGCCAUCUGCGUUGGUGUCAGCCAACUGCUGGGGGAGAACAAUGUUGACAUCCUGGGUAUUGUUUGUCGCAUGAGAUAUGACCGGUAAGUAAUAAGUAGACUU